UUUUUUAACCUUCUUUAACUCUUUUCCCUUCAUCGUUUAUUUACUUUCUUUUGUACCCAUUCUUCCAUACUUCAACUUCCUCAUUCUUCAUCCGCUUCUGUACACUACCCCUAAACCUUCUUCUCCAUGGUUUUCCCAGGCCCGUAAUUAGAUUUGCUGUGAGGGAUCAUCUGCAGCUAUUCAGAUUCAUUACCGUUGGUUUGAGACUAAAAUACAGUUAUUAUCCAAUUGUAUAUCCAGUCCCUAUUGCAAUCUUUAAGCUCCUUGCAAGGUGUUAUCAGUAGACUAAUCGAUCACACCUUUACAAGAUGCCAUAUUAUAUACAAAGACUUUAUAGGUUGUGCAAGGCUUCCUUUUCGCCAGAUGGACCUGUCUCUGAAGAGGCUGUUACAAAAGUUCGCGAGAAGUUAGAAAAAAUCAAGCCAUCUGAUGUAGGUCUUGAACAGGAGGCACAAGUGGUUCGUAAUUGGUCGCCUGAAUGUAAUGGGAACCAUCAACAGUCACCACCGAUCAAAUACCUGCAUUUGUAUGAAGAUGACAGCUUCUCUAUAGGAAUUUUUUGUAUGCCCCCUUCUUCUGUUAUUCCUCUCCAUAAUCAUCCUGGAAUGACAGUCUUAAGCAAGCUCAUAUAUGGUUCAGUGCAUGUUCAAUCCUAUGAUUGGAUUGAUUUCCCUGGUCCAACUGAUCCAUCUGAAGCUAGAGCUGCAAAGCUUGUCAAAGAUACCGAGAUGAAAGCACCAACUCCCACAACAGUUCUUUAUCCUACCCUUGGAGGAAACAUACAUACUUUUAAGGCAGUGACUCCCUGUGCAAUCUUUGAUGUAUUAUCUCCACCUUAUUCUUCAGAACAUGGAAGACACUGCACCUACUUCCGAAAAUCACAGAGGAAAGACCUUCCAGGCAGCAAUCUUCAGUUGAAUGGAGUUACAGUGUCUGAUGUUACUUGGUUGGAAGAAUUUCAACCACCUGACGACUUUGUGAUUCGGAGAGGGAUUUACAGUGGUCCUGUUAUUAGAACUUGAAAAUUUUCUUGUUUUGUGUUUCACCUUAAAAUGAAUUUGGCCUUUAUCAUUAGGUUACAACUAAGGGAAUUGAUGAAGGAGUUCUCAAAAAGCCAAUACAAUAAUUCUAUUCUUUGUUAGGCAUUUGGUUUGUACAUAACAAUGCACUAUUGUAGUCUCCAGUCACCCUCCUCACCUUAAUCCACUAGAUUAGUCACGGAAUUUGAAAAAGGGACCUCAAUCAUCAUGAGUCAACUUGUUAAAUUUUGUUUGCUUAUUAUUCACAAUAAGUUACCAC